AUGGACAAGAGUCAGAAUCACCAGCUCCAGCAGCCGCUCUCGUUACAGUCGACGGCCUCGUCGCCGUCGGCCGACGCCUCUCCACAGGAUGUGCUUGCCGAGGCUCGCAAGAACCUCCAGGUCUUGAUCGAUUCUGGCUUCUCCAAGGACAUGCUCCAUCAAUGGGUUGACGAUAGCCUGUCGCUACAGCAUUCUGGUUUACCAACUUCAACACUCGCUUCAAGUCUGUCGCUACCAGCAACUCCAACGAUAACAUCUCCAACAACGUCACUCGCUCCCCAGCGUGAUCCCCCACCGCCUCCUCCUCAAUGCCCCCCGCCACCACCUCCAUCUACCGUUCCUUCCAGCCGAACGCCAGCGCCCCCCAUGAUAGCCUCCUCGACGCCGUCCAGCAUUGCCUCUGGCGAAAUCAAGGCGGAAUCCUUGGCCGACGACAUGUCCCGAAACUGGUCUUCCGCGCCCACGCUUGCCUCCAACACGAGAACGAUAAUGACGAACCUGGACCAGUCGACCGGGUCUCACCUGGCCAACAUUGAACCUCACAUCUUCUUCGCUGCCCCCUCCCCAGCGUUUUCUCACCGGCCCAGGAUUUCGAUUUCUUCUGUCAGCUCCGGUUCCUCAGGACAUGCAUCAAUCUGGUCAACCAACUCGGCCCACUCGGCAUUGUCAUGGCAAUCUGGUGCAUCUGGGCGAUCCGCCUGCCCAAUGCCAUUGGCGCCUCCGCACGUCAACAUGGGAAUGAUGCAUGGCGGCCCAGUCUCGCCCCUCAACGGCGGGAGUGCAGGCAGCGGUAGCAGUGGCAGCGUCAACAAGCAAAACAUUUACUGGUGUACGUCCUGUGAGACUAGCUUCAAGCGAAAGUAUGACUGGAAGAGACACGAAGACGAGUUUCAUGAACGGUGGAGAAAAUACCCCUGUCCGGAACCGGGCUGCAACAGGAGCUUCUGGGGAUCAAACUCUUUCAACCAACAUCACAAGCAGUGCCACGGCUGCAAGACUUGCCCCCACGCCGAAAAGGUAGUCAAGUUUCUGCGCAAACGCAAGUACUGGGCGUGCGGCUUUUGUUCUGCCCUGCAUCCCGCCAGGGAACGGCACGUCGAACAUGUUGCCCGCCACUUCGAAUCUGGACUGUCCAAGGGUGACUGGAUGCACUCUCGGGUCAUCUAUGGCCUUCUUCACCAGCCGCUCAUUCGCGAAGCCUGGGAUACCGUUGUGGACGGGAAGCGAUCCGACUAUGAUGGCAGGCGGCCUCAGUUUAGUUGGCAUCCAAGCAAGACGGGUCGAGCUCAGGGCUUUCUAGAGAAGGAGAGCCCCGGCCAGCUUCAGGAUCUCCUCGAGUUCUUUUCCGGGGACGAGAGCGAGGCGAAUUGGGUCGUUGGCAUCGCCUACGAACUGGCGGAUAUUGUCAUGGGCGCACCUCCCGCUCCCACUCCUCCGCCGCCACCGUUUGCCAGCGGCACGGCUUCCAUGGUACCUCCUCAGCAGCGCCCUCCGCCCUUCGUCGCUCUUGCCUCGGCGGCCCAUCAACCGACACCAAUGCUGCAACCGACGAGCCCCAGUAACCAGAAUGCCUUUGCUCCGUCUUUUCAACAAGGCGCUGUGUUCCUUCCCUCGCAACCGUUUGCCCCGGCUAACCGACCUUCUCCCGACUCCUCCAACCAAUCCCCUCUGGCUACAUCGCAGUCCCCUCUGGGGCCCGGUAGCUCGCCAAUGGAGGGGCACGCUCGUGAUAUGCGGCAGUCAACCUCAAACUCGAGCCAAUCUAUCAGGGACUCCAUGAUGGAGUACGAAUAUUCCACAGCGGGCGGUUCAUACGAUGGCUGGCCACCUAAUUUCGCGAGCCCUGUGUCGAGCAGUCCGGCAUCGCAACAUCACGCUCCCCCUGCCCCCCCUGACUGGAAUGUAAUACAGUACUUCGGCAAUGACACACAAGCGGCAUCUGCAGGAAACAACAGCAACUGCUGA